AUGGCGUCAAGAAAGAAACAACCAUCUAAGAAGAAGGAUGGCAUCCAUUUUGUCAAUGCCAGACCUUCCUCUGAGAUUGAACGAUUGAAAGCCCAGCGUUUGGUGCGUGCACAUGUCGGACGCUGGAUUUCAGAUCAAACAAAGGAUCGAUCCGCUGGCGAAUCAUCCAAUCCACGCGCCCGGCCCGUCCGCAACGCUGUUCCCCCUUUACCCAUCAUUGACCGCGCUGGUCCAGGUCCCUCCUCUUUUAGCAUCGUCUCGCGCCCCUCAAGUUCCCAUCGUGUGGGCAACCUCGGCCAAAGCUUCGUCUUUGCGCACGACUCCCGCUCCAACCAGGCUGCAUACCGAGGCUUGCCAUUCCCGCCGUCGCAGGCCAGCGAUAGCAGUGAUAGCAGUAGCAGCGACGAUGCGAGUACUGUGACUGCGUUAUCUUCGGAGGCCCUCGCUGUCAUCCGGUUCAAUGAUCGCUCUUCUCCCGAGCGGCUUGAACGCAACCUCUCUGGAGUCUUUGACCCGUUCGCCACAUACCCCGCCCCGAGGAAUUUCGAGCCAGAGAUGAUCAAUCUGUCAGAGCGCUAUCUCACAGGUGUUGUGUGGCCAGGACUCGCGCCGCGGCCACAGAAUAUCAUAGCUGCGGCUAAUAAGUGGUUCGAUCUGUCCAUGACGGAUCCGGCUUUGUUUACAGCAUUCAUGUUUGGUUCGUUGUGUCACCUCCGUGUACAAUGGCAGAAUAACUGGGUGCCGGGUACGGUAUUUGGUCCAAGGGAACGUCGUGCACUGCAGCUGUGUGAAAUGGAAUCGAUCAAGCUGAUCAAUCAGGCUAUUCGCGACCCCGAUCGCGUGGUCAGCGAUGCUGUUCUCCUCAGUGUUAUUUGCAUGGCUCAUCAUCAGGCAGAGGAGAAAUCGGUACAACAGCACCGCAGAACACCAUUUAAUCCGCCUUUUCCGCGACUACAAUGGAUCGAUGUCUACGGGUGUCUGCCACCGAAUAUGGUCCAUAUCAAAGGAUUGUUGCAAUUGAUCAAAAUGCGAGGCGGCUUGGCAAAUAUCCACACAGAGGGCCUAGCCGCGACGAUUUCCUUCUCGGAUAUCAUGAGCUGCAGCGUCCUUUGCAUCCACCCAUGUUUUGAGUUCUGGCCCCUCGCCGAUUUCCGAAUAGGCUUGUCCAUUCAAGAGCUGCUCGGCUUCGGGCCAUCAGACGUCGACCAGGGAUUCGGCCGUUUGCAGGCAGUUGGCGCUACUCGCGAAAUGGCAGAAGCUUUCCAAGCAGCGCAUACCUAUAUCGGGAUUAUCAAAGCGAGCCCAAAUUCCACCCAUGAUGUCUCUUUGCUUGUCGACCAGCGCAACAUAACCCAACAUACUCUCCUCUGUCUCUCUCCAGCCACAGACCUCCUCUUCUCCAAUCCCACGCACGCCGCCACCUACGAAGCCUGUCGUCUGGCGGCACUAGUCUUCGGCGUCGGCGUCCUCUUCCCGAUCCCCGCACAGAAUACCCCCCUUAAUGGUCUGGCCCGCCUUAUCCAAGUGAUCCUCCUCGAACAAUCCUCCACAGACCUGUGGAUUUCCCAAUCUACGCGUAUCCCUCUUCUCUGGGUCUUGACUCUCGGCGGUAUCGCAGCAAACAAUACCCCCAUGCGCACCUGGUUCGCCACUGCUCUGGGAGAUAUAGCCCGCAGGGCUGGAUUAAAUUCUUGGGCCAUUAUCAAAUCCGUCCUCGGAUCCAUGUUAUGGUACGACACUUCCUGUGAUACUGCUGCGGAGGCUCUCUGGCAGGAGAGCGCUAGCAGGUAUAGCUAUGCCAUCCAGUGA